AUGAGUAGAGCGCGAUUCACCCCGAAUCGCUGGGGUUCCGGGGUCCGCGAUUCACUUUGCAUGAAAGUGAAUCGUGCAGGUGAAUCGCGCACUGAAUCGCGAGGUUUGACCACGCCUAUUACAGGCAAUAUUAAUGAACGAGCGCCCCGACUUAAGUAUGACGAGUUUGCAGCCAUCUUUCUGGUCAUCACCCAACUCGACUCAGUUUACCACAUGGGGAAUGCUGUAUUGACCAGUCAGUAUUCUGACUAUAGGGACACGCGUCACACACCUCCUGGUGGCAGUGAUUAUGGGCGACUUCCUGACGCACCUGAGUACAGUGGAGGCAGAAACAGACCUUCGUAUUAUGGAGCCGGUGGCUUCUCAGCCGGGACGUCCUAG